CCCACGCGGCCACGUUUCCCGCCACCUCCCCUUUAGCCCAUACUACCCUCCGUUCCCCGCUGAAGACCCACCACCGCCGUCCCCAUAUUAAAUCCCGCCUUCUGCAGCAACACAAUCUCACAUUGUUGCGACAAAAAAACCUAGAGGAACAAUCUGACGAAAGUUACCGAAGAAGAAGAUGGCAAGCGGAUGGUUUUGGAGGAAGAAAUCCGCCCAGAAGUUAGUCGUUGACGGAUCGGAGAUAGAGAAACUGGUCGGAGACAAGGAAGCCUUCAGCAGCUUCGUGGAGCACAAGUUUGAGGAGCUCGAUCGAGACCAUGAUGGUAAGCUUUCCGUGCGCGAACUCCAGCCCGUCGUCGCCGACAUCGGCUCCGCUCUGGGCCUUCCAGCCGUCGGUUCAUCCCCUGAGUCCGAUCACAUCUACACCGAGGUGUUGAGUGAAUUUACGCAUGGAAAGCAAGAGAGAGUGAGCAAGUCUGAGUUCAAGAAAGUGCUAUCGGACAUUCUGUUGGGUGUUGCGGCGGGGCUUAAGAGGGAUCCAAUUGUUAUACUGAGGAUUGAUGGCAAGGAUCUCAGAGAAUUUGUGGAGAGCUCCAAAUAUGAAACAGAGGCCUUAGCCAUUUUCUCUGCGUUUGAAUCAUCCGGUGCUAGUUUGCGAAAGUGUUUGACAGCGGGUUUGAGACAGAUCAGGGUGGAGAACGGCAUGCCGCCGACUUCUGAUGAAUGGGUUUCGAGUAAUGUUGUGGAGCCUGCUCUGCAAUCCUUCCCUGUUGAAGAUCUUGAAAGGGCUGCUUCUCAAGAGGCCUUUUUGGAGUACUUCAAAAAGCUCAUCCGUGUCAUCGUUGAAAGCCUUCAGCAACGCCCCGUUAUUGUCGCCCACAGUGAGAACACCUUCAAUGGAAGUGGCAUUAGGAGGUUGCUAGCUAAUAAAUUUGAGUUGGACAAGUUGUUGGAUUCGGUAUGGAAGGACCUUCCCAAGGAUCAUCAUCACAAAGCAGCAACAGAGUACCUGCGUAUUGCACUUGAUAAAAUUUCUGCAUCAGCAGCUUUACCUCCUUAUGGUGCUGUUUCUGAGGUGGAUGAAGUUGUGAACGAGGCAACGAAGAUGGUGAAUUCCGGCGAAGGGAAUCUCGUCAACGAAGAAGAGUUUCAGAAGUUGUUGAAGGAGAUGCUCGGGUGCAUCAUGCUGCAACUAGAAGGUAAUCCCAUUUUUGUUUCUUCCAACUCUGUCGUUCAUGAGACUCUCAGCUCCUCAACACUUCUCCCGCCAACCAUGGCAAUACCUAAAGUUGGUUGAUUCAAAUAAUUUUGAACAAUAAAUAAUCCCAAGUGUGUGGAGUUCUUUGCAAAUUUCAACCACAAAUGCAUGGCAAGCUUAAAAUUGUCCCGUUUGUUUUUUUCUGUUGGGCAAGUAAACUUUCUUUGGGCAAUACUAUGUAUUUUAUGGUUUAUAUCAUGAAAAUUUAUUGCCUGUAAGGUAAUUGUAAGACUUGGAAUGGAACAUGCCAGGAAAUUUUUGUGCUUCAAAAAU